AUGCGAGAACCGGGAUACCAGAAGAAGGGAAACACAGGAUGGGGAGAUUUGGAUCAGGACUCCGGAAUGAGAAUGAACACUGGCGGGGACAUAGGAGUCACCCAACGUUACGAUUCAUGCGGAUAUCGACCACAUUCUCACCAACCGAAGGUGAUGCUCACCAGACGUCUCAUUGGUAACAUCCUUCAGCAGUGGUUCAGAUCACCGCCUCCUUCGAGCAAAAGGUGA